AUGUACUGGCGCCGCACACCGCUGGUGGGGACUCGGCUCGUCCAGGUCGGGAGCAGCUCAGCGGGCCGGCUUGAGGAGCCAGUGGGAAUUUGGGGCUCCGGGAUGGGGAACAGCACAUCGUCAUCUUUGGGAAACGCAGCAACUGCUCCUGUGAAUCAGAUCCAAGAAACCAUUUCUAAUAAUUGUGUGGUGAUUUUCUCCAAAACAUCCUGUUCUUACUGUACGAUGGCAAAAAACUUCUCCAUGACAUGA